UUCAUUUCAGAUUUCCUGUCUAUUCUACGUCAUAUAAACUUGGUUUAGCUAUAAUUUCGGUGGAAUUACAGAGUUAUUCUGCCUUUUUUGGUGAUUAGUUUGCUUGGUGUUAGGCCACAGAUGGUAGAGGAUCAGUAGGUAAAUAUGAGCAGGUCAUAGUAAAGGGAAAGCAGCGGGGACUGCCUCAACAAACUGAAAAACAUCAUCUCCAAAGAAUUAUAAAUGGAUCCAAAAUCAACUCUUGAGGAAGGAGAUAGUAAAGAUGGCGUUGAAUUGGUGAGAUCAGUUUCUGACAAGCAUUUGGAUCUUUUGAGGCCAUCAGCUCGGUAUUAUUCAUUGUUUAAAGGCCAAGCAACAAAUGCAGAUGACCGAAGCAAGGGCAAAUAUACUCUGAUAAGAGAUGUAGAAGAUGGUCAAGCAGGGUUAUAUGAUAAACCUCUUCCUUGCUUUGGUUGUGGGAUUGGAUGGUUUUCAUUUCUUUUGGGAAUCGUAUGCCCAUUUAUGUGGUAUUAUGCCACAAUACUCUAUCUUGGUAAUUACUACCGGAAGGACCCCAGAGAACGCGCAGGACUAGCUGCUUCUGCAAUAGCUGCAAUGGCAUGUUCUGUUGUGCUGUUGAUCGUAAUUGUAAUUCUUCUACUGUAAGUCUGUAACUUUAUCCAUACGACCAGCUGCAUAGGCUCGAUGAAGUUUUUCAAGAAGAGUUGCUGAACUGUGUGCCUAGAGAAAACCCAAAGCCAAAUUUCGGAAUCUCCCAAGUGUAUAUGCUUCACUGUUUUACUGAAUAAACAUAGGUUUACCCCUGCUUCUUGUUUCACACCUGUUUCAGUCGUAGAGCAAAGAAAGCAACAUUUGAUGGUUUAAUUCUUGUACUGAUUGCAUUAUUAAAAUAAAUAAGUACAUAAAUAUUGUAAGUUAAAACAAAAUAAACCAAUAAUAGUUCUCUUUCCUUCUUAGAUUCAAAAAAUGAAAAUUACAGUACAGAUUGA